AAACAAAAGACGCGAGUCCAAAACACAGUCCGCGCGCUCUUUAUGCACGCAAAACCCGCAAAACCCGCAAAACGCCGCAAAAACACGCCACUUCUUCACGCAGCCGCAGCAGCCAUGGAGCACGGACUGAUCCUGCGAAUGAGCGUGUCCACGGACCAGGGCGGCAGGAAGUACAUGGAGGACCUGACCGACGUGGUGGUGGAGCCGGAGCCGGGGGAAGGCGAGCCGAAGUCGGGCGAGUGUGAGGAGAACAGCGGGGAGGACAGCGCGGAGGAUUCAGCGGAUAAAAGCGCACGGGAGGAGCGCGGGGACCGGAAAACUGCGGAAUCAGCGCAAACUGAAGCACGGACGAGCCCCGCUUCAUCCGAACCCUCCAGCCCCUCCCCCUGCCCGUCCUCCCCUCGCCGCUCCGUCGCCUUCUUCGCCGUGUUCGAUGGCCACGGCGGCAGAGAGGCGGCGCAGUUCGCCCGGGAUCACCUCUGGAACUUCAUAAAGAAGCAGCGCGGGUUCUGGUCCCGGUCCGACCGCGAAGUCUGCGCCGCCAUCAGGAAAGGGUUCAUCGCCUGCCACCUCGCCAUGUGGAAGAAGCUCCCGGAGUGGCCUAAGACGAUGACGGGCCUGCCCAGCACGUCGGGCACCACGGCGAGCGUGGUGGUGAUCCGGGGCGACCGCAUGUACGUGGCUCACGUGGGAGACUCCGCCGUGGUCCUCGGUCUCCACGACGACGCCUCUGUGCCGUUCGUCCGGGCGGCGGAGCUCACGCAGGACCACAAACCCGAGCUGCCCCGAGAGAGGGAGAGGAUCGAGGGGCUGGGCGGCAGUGUGAUAAAGAAGUCUGGGGUGAACCGUGUGGUCUGGAAAAGGCCCAGACUGUCCCACAACGGCCCCGUGAGACGCAGCACCGUCAUCGACCAGAUCCCCUUCCUCGCCGUGGCCCGAGCUUUAGGUGACCUGUGGAGCUACGACUUCUUCAGCGGGGAGUUCGUGGUCUCUCCGGAGCCCGACACCAGCGUGAUCGUCCUGGACCCGAGGAAACACAGAUACAUCAUCCUGGCCAGCGACGGGCUGUGGAACAUGGUCCCGCCGCAGGAGGCCGUGACGCUCUGCCACACCCACGACAAGAGCAAGUCCGUGCGCAGUGUGUCGAGCUCUCGGCAGCUCGUCUCUCUCUCGCUGCUGCGCUGGAGGCAGAGGAUGCUCCGGGCCGACAACACCAGCGUGAUCGUGAUCAGCCUCGCCUGCCCCGGGGCCGAACAGAACCCCCUGAGCCGGGACGAGGUUCUGCUGGACCUGAGCCAGAGCGGACCCCAGACCAGAGCGCACACACCUCUGCAGCAGCCGUCCACAGAUGAAGACUCGUCUCUCUCCUCCGUCUGUGACUUCUUGCCGUCUCUGGAUCGAUGCGACGGUCUCUCGGGCGACACGAGUCUUUUCUACGCCGACUCCUCGCCCUCCUCCCUCUCCUCCCCCUCUUCCUCCCCGUCCUCCUCCUCCCCCCCGCGCUCGGACUGGGCCGAGUCUGACCCGCCCGGACCCCAAAAACGGACCAAACUCCGGCGCGACGGAGCCGACUCGCCGGAGCGUUCGCCCAAAGCGUCCAAGCGCAGGACAGUGGACAGGACGCCGUUAUCCCAGCACAACCCCGAGGAGAAAACCAAAGACCAGAACGUUUCAAACCUUCUGCACAAGACCACAGUGUGCGUGUGCUGAAAAAGGGACGUUUUAUUCGACAAUUCACUGCAAUAAAUAAUUAUACCAACAUGAGUUAAAAUAAAUUCAACUUUACACUAAAACAAAAGUGUAUUUAGAAGCAAAGUAGGGUCAGUCCGUCUUGAAGGAUGAGCCAUCUCAGAUUUGGCUGAAAAAAUUCAUAAAAAUUAAAAAAUUACCAAAUGAAAGAAACUGAAUGAAUACAAUUUUAGCUCAGUCCCUUGAGUCGUUCCUGAGUUGUGGCCCGAUGAAAUUUUGGGGCCUUGCUCACUUUUUUGGAAGCCUUAAUUUAUAAGCAUGUUUGAGAGACCAGAACUUCAUAAAAAAUUGAGCUAGGAAGCUGAAAAUUUGCAUGAUUGUAGCUUCUUGGUUGUAGAUUCUGAAUCUGUUGUCAAAUAUUGUGUAUCUUUAUUAAGGGGGCUGCUGUGGGCCUCUAAGAUUUAUUUAUUCCAAGCAGAUAUUUACAAACUAACUGUUAAACCUGAAUAUUUGAGAGAAUGACCAUUUCUGACAACAAUCUCACACUUUUCUGAACUUUCAUGUGGACAGUGUAGAGUCCCAAAUAUAGUCACAGAACAAAUGUGAUCUUUUUGGCCCCUUCUUUGGACUCUCAGUUCCCCAUGUGGACACAGUUAGACGUUGAUCAAAUUUUUACCAGAGAAACUUUGGUAUAUUCUGGCUAGUUUAAAAAAACAUCUACUAUUAACUUCCUUCAUUUCAAACGGAAUUUUUGAAAAUGAGCUCUCACGGGUCAUUUUUGGUGGAGCUUAGGGACUUUUCCACCUCGAGCAAGAUUAAAUUACCUUUAUUUGCCAUAAACACUAACUGCUUGUUAUAAGGGAAGACAAAAAACAGAUUUCAUUUGGUGAUUUUAGAAAUUUUU